GUAUUUUAUGUAGUAUGAAUAUCUAUUUGCUGAUUAGUAACAGGUUAAAUGGUAAGAAGUUGCGUGAUAAGAAGAAUAAAAAAGAAUAAAAAUAAAUGAAAUACGUGAACAUUAAAUUGUAACUAGUCGAAAGUAUUAAUUGGUAUUGAUGAUACAUGUACUAAGAUAGUAUGGCUUGUGAAGCUUGUAACGCAAAAUUCAGCUUCUUCACACGCAAGAAACAAUGUGUCGAUUGUUUAAGACAUUUUUGUUCUGAAUGUGUAAUCAAGCGGUUAGACAAGAUAUUGAAUUGUGACAGUUGUAACAUGUUGUCUCGAAGACCUUUAACACGAAGUCUAAUUGUACAAAUGCGUUCUAAAGAUAUACGGCAAUAUCUGUUAGCAAAGAAAGUAUCCGUCGAGGGAUGUAUCGAAAAGGAAGAUUUAAUAAAAUUGUUGAUAGCAUUUGCUAAUGGUACUAAUAAUGUUUAUUGGGAUACGGACGAUGUAAGAAACAUUGAUUAUUCUUCUUCUAAUCAGUCAGCUACAAAUUACGAACACAGUGCGCAAAUUUUAAAUCGCGUACAAGAAAUUAAUGCUACAAGAGUUGGUGACAAUGAAAUUCCAGAGACAGUUUCUAGAAUUAAUCUUUAUUCAGAUGAAAGAGCAGAUCCCAUACAUUCGAAUGGAAAGAAGAUUUCAAAAAUUUCUAAUAUUCAACAUUCUGAUAUACUUGUAGAAACUUCUAUGAAUCCUGUAAAAUUAUCUGACAUAAAUGCAUUGUCAGAACUGGAACGUUUAAGUGUGAAACAACUGAAGAACUUGCUAAGUACAAAUCGAGUUGAUUAUAAAGGUUGUAUAGAAAGAUAUGAAUUAUUGAAUAGAGCUUCUAGAUUAUGGGAAGAAUACAGACAGUCAAGAACAAAAAUGGAAAAUUUAGACGAAAAUCUUUGCAAGAUUUGUUGGGACGAACCAAUUGAAUGUGUGAUUUUGGAAUGUGGCCAUAUGGCUUGCUGUUUGAAUUGUGGUAAACAAAUGUCGGAAUGUCCAAUAUGUAAACAGUAUGUAGUGCGGGUAGUGCGAUUUUUUAAAGCUUAACAAAACUACAGUAAUAUAUAAUAUAUAAUAACCGUGAAAUAUAUGAUAUCAACAAAAUCAAAAGAGGAACAAAUAUAAUCGCUAUAUUGUCAUGAUAUUUUGAAUUUGGCACACUUACAUCAUAAAUUACAUUGUAAUUCAAAUAAAAUGUAUAUCUUUUAUAUUAAUAAAAAUGCAAUGAAACAAUA